UCAAUAUAUUUUAAAAACUUUAACAACAACUAAUUUGCAACCCAAUAAUUAUGAUUACAACCUCCGCUAAAAGUUUCUGUCUCAUUGGUAGAAAACUAUUUAAAAGAAAUCCGAACAAUAUCUAUGACUUAAUAUCAAAACGUAAAGAACAUCAAAUACCUCAACAUUUGAAGAACGUAGCACAAGAAACGAAUCCUAAUUUGGCACAUAUGGUGCAAUAUUACUAUCAUGCAGCAGCCCAGAAAAUGGAACCAUCUUUAAUCAAAGAAUUGGAACUGAAAUAUCCAAAAAUGGAUGAAAAUCGCCGUAAGGCACGAGUAGCUGCCAUUUUAAAAUUAAUGGGUAUAGUAACGGCAUGUUUGGAAGUGUCUUUUCCGAUUAUAAAAGGAGAUGGAACGUAUGAGAUUAUAACGGGUUACAGAGCUCAUCACAUAAAACAUCGUUUGCCGGUUAAAGGAGGUAUACGUUUUGCCAUGGAUGUGGAUGAAGAUGAAGUCAAAGGUUUAGCCUAUUUAAUGACAUUUAAAUGUGCCUGUGUUAAUGUACCAUUUGGUGGAUCCAAAGGCGGAGUACGCAUAGAUCCGAAAAAUUAUACAUUAAGUGAAUUGCAAACCAUUACCAGACGGUACUGCAUGGAAUUGUUGAAAAAGAAUAUGAUUGGACCCGGUAUAGAUGUACCGGCUCCAGAUGUCAAUACAAGUGAACGUGAAAUGAGUUGGAUAAGUGACCAAUAUUUGAAAACUUAUGGUCAUAAUGAUAUUAAUGCCUUGGCUAUUGUUACUGGUAAACCUGUUCAUAUUGGUGGCAUUAAUGGUCGUGCAUCGGCUACUGGUCGUGGGGUUUGGAAAGCUGGCGAUGUGUUUAUUAACGAUAAAGAUUGGAUGGAUUUGGUUAAACUUAAGACAGGCUGGAAGGAUAAGACUGUGAUAGUCCAAGGUUUUGGUAAUGUUGGUUCUUGGGCUUCAAAAUUUGUGGUCGAAGCUGGGGCUAAACUGAUUGGUGUACAUGAAUAUGAUGUUUCAUUGUUUAAUUCGGAAGGCAUAGAUCCAAAUGAUCUUAUUGAAUACAAAGCCGAUAAGAAAACUCUUAAGGGUUAUCCAAAGGCUGAGGAGAAACCGGCUGGCCUUUUACAUGAAAAAUGCGACAUUCUAAUGCCUUGUGCCACACAAAAAGUUUUAACAGCCGAGAAUGCCGAUAAGGUGCAAGCUAAAAUCAUUUUAGAAGGAGCCAACGGUCCCGUAACUCCGGCCGCUGAUGAAAUUCUUAAAAAUAAGAACAUACUUAUGAUACCCGAUAUGUAUUGCAAUGCUGGCGGCGUCACUGUAUCGUAUUUUGAAUUUCUUAAAAAUAUCAAUCACGUUUCAUAUGGAAAACUGUCAAUAAAACGUGAUAACUCAAUGAUACAUGAAAUUUUUAAUUCCAUAAAUGAAUCAAUGGGUGAUGGAAAGAUGAAAAUAAGCCCAAAUGAAGCUUUGCAAAAUAUACGAGAUUGCACUUCCGAGGCUCAUAUUGUUGACUAUGGCCUACAAACUGUUAUGGAAACGUCGGGUCGUGGUAUUAAGGAAACUGCCAAUGAAUUUGCUUUGUGCAAUGAUUUAAGAACCGCAGCCUACAUUUAUUCCAUUCAGAAAAUAUUUCGUGCUUUGGAAAGUUCCGGGAUUUCCCAGCAAUGAGAAG